GCGGUGGGGGGCGGAUGGGAUCCGCGUGGGAGACAGUGACAGCAUGUAGGAGAAGGAAAGAAGAGAGAAACACUGAGGAGAACGGAGAUAGCGAGAGUCAGAGCGAAAAACUCGUCAAAUGAAAGCUGUAAUUAGUGGUCUAUGAAGUGAAAGAGAGCUGGCCCAGGCUUAUCCCAGGUGUCCGUAACUUAGCCCACUCGAUUUAGAGUGAGAGACCUACGUAGCGGCGGCCCACCUGUUCCCUGCCCCUCCCGUCAACAUUGAUACAUGCGACCAUAUGGAUUUGCCAAGCUUAUUGUCUAGGGGCGGGAAAUCCCAAUUAUAGCCUACUUUUGUGAAUUCACUCACUUCGCUACAUGGAAGAAGGCUACUUUUGUGCCACAGCUGUCAAAAUCAAUUCAAGUGUGACCACCUCAUUUGCUUUUUUAGAAACGUUUAGAACAUGAUUAUAUCAUACAGGCCUAAAUGCUAAGAAAAUAGAUGUGAUAGAGAGAGUGACUAAUUAGUCCUAGUUUAAAUAUCCCAUAGCAGUAUAAUCAUUACAGUAAGUGACGCACCAGCCUACGUGUGCGCAACAACCUGCGCAUAUUUCUCGCACUUGUUGUUUGCGCUUUGAAACCUUGGCAACCCAACUGGUGAGUGUAUACUCCAAGCCUGGGUUGGAUAAAAACAAGGUUUAUCUUCAGUCACUGUUUACAGCUCAAUUUGUUUUUACCGACAUUUGAAACUCAAUGGCAGGGACAGAUGAUACUGACCCACAGUUUCAGCAGUGGAACCAGGACGCACAGAAUGUGCAGAUGAUUCAACAGCCUGCUUCCCAGCAGCCCACAACCAUCCUCCAGCAGCUCCCUGCUGCUAUGUCAUCUCCCACUCCCUCCAUCCGGCCAGGACACGUUAAGCAGGACCUGGUGGAGAUGAUGAUGAUCCAAAAUGCUCAGAUGCACCAGGUCAUCAUGAACAACAUGACCAUGUCAGCCUUCAGCUCAUUUGGCCAUUCCCAGGUCCACCCUCCGUCUACCUCUGAGGAGGAGGAUCCAGAGGUGUACCACUACCAUUACCAGCCUACCCCGGCCUACCUGCCCUACCCAACCUGGUUGCCUCCACCCCUGCCGAACCCUAGCCUGGUCUACCGCAACACCCCUGAACCCCUAGAGCUAGCACCCUCACCACACAGAGACACCACCAGGAGGGCGGUCCCACCUCCUCCCCCACCCAGCACUACCAGGACCGUGGGGGCUGACGUCCCUCCAGCAACAGAUUACUAUGAUGCUGCGGAGAGAAGACAGUGACAACAAGAGCAGAAAUCUACAUCAUCCAUUCAUCGUUAGCCUUGUUUCUACAAGAUGGAAUCAUUUGAAACGUGUCACAGUAAACAGAACUACAUUUCAGAGGCAAUGCCGUUUUGUUCUUUAUAAUAGUUGUUCAUAAUAUCAUGUUUCUGAAUCUUGCAGAAAUCGUAUAAUGCUCACCAUAGUUCUGCUUUUUUUUUUCUCUCCAUGUUUUAAUGUGUGUCUUUUUAGAUGUGUUAUUUCAAGUAAAGGAAAAGGCCAAGAUCA